AUGUCAUCGCUUCAAUUUUACAAUUCAAUCAUUUUAGCUAUUCAUUGUCUUAUUCCAUUUUCACUUAAUAUUAUAUCAGCAUUACCAAUUAUUAUUAAUACUGUUCGUCAACGAGCUAUAGUUCGAAAAGAACAACUUUACAUGCAUCAAUUACGUAAACAAUGCUAUGAAUUUAAAUAUUUAUUUAUUAGUCCAGUUAUUGUUGUUGCCUAA